CGCAUCGGUUAGCGCGCACAUCGUGAAACCACCACGCCUGCGCUCAAAGAAUGGACAAAAUAAUUGUCCGUUCAUUCUUGCAAUGAAAAUUCUGUCGAUUGCUGCUGCGGAAUACGUUAAUUUUGGUAAAUUUUAUUAAUCCGUAACAAUAUUUUGUUUAAUCCUAGUCCAAUCUUUCAUUUUAUAUCAAUUUUGAGACAAUCAGGACGACAGAACUAAUGAAUUGAAAAGCAAGAGAUCCUGGAUAGGUGUUCAACAUAACAGAAAAUUCAGGAAAGUUCGACGAAAAAAAAUGUCUAAUUCAAGUAACAUUUAGAAUGUUUUGAAAGGUUAGUUUAAAGGAAAUUUUAGAUUACAGCAAUCUUGUUUUAUUUUGAAAAAAAAACAUAAUUGUUUAAAAAUCCUUAAUUUUAACAAUGCUUUAUCUAGCAAGAGUUUGACAGAAUUUAUUAUCUAACAGUAGUUGAUUUCACAAAUAGGACUAUCCAAAUUUUGAAACGAUGGUUUCGACGAGGCAAAUGACAAUAGGGAACAAUGGGGCUGGUGAAGGAAGCCAGUCUCCCAAUGAAGGGCCUGCUAAAUUUACUAGGAACAGUACUAGCACCACUGUAAGUGCUGGAUGCAGUAGUACUGUUCAAUAUAGCAAGGUUCCUUCACCUUCACCACCAGUGCAAUCGAUACAUCUUCUUGACUUACCUCAAGAAAUUAUAGAGAAGAUAUUUAGCUACAUAAAAUUUAAGAACAUCUGCCAGAUGAGACUGGUGUGCCGUACUAUAAAUCGCAUAUGUGGACAAAUUCUUAAUUCAAAUUUUCUACGUCUACAAAAUCAAAUGCUUCAAAGAUUCCAAGAGAUCAAGGCAAAAAUGCCCAGAAGAGAAUCAGCCCGCCGUAGCCACCAUCUUGCCUGUGAAAGUGACAUUAUAGAAACUCUACACAUGCGUCUUACUCUCCUACAAAUGUCUUUUGGAAAGCAUAUUGAAAGGAAGCACUGCUGUUUUUUCCCUGGAGAGAUUCUAGAUGAAGUCCUUGAAAUUUUGCAUUAUAUCAAAGUCACUCCUAAAUUAGAUUUACCCUACAAAGUUACCGAUGAAAUGUUUGAUUUGUCUACAAUGGCUAUGGAGUACUUCAAAGAAAAGAUUGAACCAAACUUGCCUGAAAUUGCUUAUUUCAGUUCAGACUUUUUAAACUUCACAGGUAGAUUUUCAAAUUCAUCUGCACUUCUUUCGGAGACGUCGAAAGACAGCGGCCAUGCCUCCACAGAUGAACUAGAAAGUGGAGAAGACAUGGUUGAAACCAUCCCACAAUCAAAUAUGGUGUUGCGAAAGCGCAUCCGUAAAAUUAAACAAGGCAUGAAACGUUACAACAGUCAAUUGAGUCUGUUGCGCCAGGAUCUGCGAUCCUGCAAGAAAAAGACUUCUGAUCAACAGAAACAGAUUUCUGAACAACAGAAGCAACUCGCAGAUCAACAAAAACAAACUUUAGAAUAUGCUACUCGCUUAGAUGAAUAUGAUAAGAAGAACGAGGAAAUUUCUCGAAAAUUUAGUACUUUAUUACAAGAAUUGAACAAAUGCAAAACUGAGUUGCAAUACUGGCGAUGUAGGUCUCCAGCUACUCCAGCUGUAUGCAAUAAUUGUGGAAACGCCAUUGUUCCUCAACCAGAAGAAAUUCAGGCCCUUAUGAAUCAAGGCGUCAAUCCAGAAGGUUUAGGUUUAUUUUAUAAGAAUUCGCGAUAUAAUUGUUAUUCACACUUAGGAAUAGAGCCAGCUUCUGACUUAGUACACCUGGAAACUGUGGAAACGUCCAAACCAGUUGACGAAGAUCAGAAAGCAUGUGAAAAAAAGAUGAUCAUGUUGGACCAGCCAAGCACUUCAGUGGAAUCACAUCCCGUGAAGGCAAAACGAAAAGUAGACGAAGAAAAAGAUGAACAACCUAAAAAGAAAACGCGGCGAUUCGCUAAGAUACGCAACAAGCGCAGUGCGAAGGUUUAAAUAUGUUUCUUUUUUGGACUUUUUCAUUCGAGGGCAUACAAUUUACAAAAUAUGCUUCAUUAUCGUAGUUGAUGUGUAGCAGACCAGUUGUGAAAUAGAUUAGAAGAGUUAUUAGAGGUUAGGGUAAGUGAACAAUUAUUGCUUAAAGGACGUAAGAAGAGGGUAUUACUUAAUCAAAACUUUUCUAAUACGCACAUUGUAUAAAUCAAAAAGUUUGUAGCGGUUUUUAUAAAUUAGUUGCGGUAAUAAUAUAGGAUCUUAACUUAUAAUAUUAAUUUUCAUACAAUAUAGGCUUAUUUAUUACUUUUAAGAAUUAAACAUUUUGAAUUGGCAAGUUGUACAUUUGGAUAAGGGAUAUUACUUUAGAUUAUGCAAAUCUGCCAAGAUUUUACAAAAGCAGUUUUGCUAAUUCCUAAAUUGAUCUCAAAAGUUGACAAUUUUUAAACAAAUUUAACAUUUUUGUAUGCUUGAAAAGUUUUAUUUCCGAAACUGAAUUUAACAUAUAGACUGAACAGUGAACAUUAUUAAAAAAUUAAAAUGUUACAAACGAUUGGCUGGUACAAAAGACAAACCAAAUAUACUUAAUCACAGCUUCCAUACAGUCUUUAGAAUUAGUUCUUAUUUACGUCCAUUGACAUUCUGUGAAACGACCCUACAAACAUCCGACUCUGCCCUAAAGGAUCACUUACUUCUUUAAGCUCUUAUUGUUAUGUGAAGUAGGGAUUUUGAAUUAAAAAAAAAAAAACAUCGGGAGACUGGUUAUACUAUGGAAAUUUUGCCCCAUUCCAUCCUUCCUCUCAUUUUUAUAGUUGUAGCUUUACCUUCACGCACUGCAAACUCUUCAAAAACCACCUUUAAAAAGUGACAAAUGGAUAUUCUAUUUUAAAAAUUUGGGGAGGUACUGUGAAGUUGAUAAAAGAAACAGGGCCCCUUUACAAAUAUUGAACACAAAGUGAUAAGGAAAACAAUGAGCAAUGUAGUAAAAAUACUUCAUUGUUAUUAAAUCUGACCGACCAACCUAUUUCUAGCAGAUUUCUUAGUUUUGUUGAACAUUUGAGGAAGCUCUGUCUGAAAGGAAUGAUUUUUUUUAGUUUUAGUUAAGUAACCACAUUAUAUUUAUUUGUAUGACCAAUUUUAUAUUGUACAUAAUUUUUUUAGCUGUUAUUAUCCAACAGUAUUUAUAUGAAAUUUUUAAAAUUACUAAUCCAUCAAUAUUAGGAUUUCGAUUUAUUAUUUUAUCUAAUUUUGUAAUCUUUCAUCAACUUAUUGCUUUAAAAUUUUGUAUCCCCCAAAUUUAGGAUAUUAGAAUAUUGUCACAGUCGACGUAGAAAGUACAAUAAUAAAUAAUCAGCUUUAAGAAAAUAUUGCAAUCACUGUCUAUUGUAUAUUGUCUGUAUCCGUUGUUAUUUUGUGCAAAGAAAUUUUCGGGAAUGUCCUGUUAUGAUGAGAGACUAUAAGUGAGAUUUUAAUGUUUUUUAAAAUAGCAACGGAUAUGUCUCAAGUGUCCAUAUUUUUGUAGCCAACACAAAACGAUGUGUCUAGACACAAAAUAUGUUAUUUCAUUCGAUUUUUACAAUUUUUUUGUUGUAAAUUAGUUUGUCAAGCAAUAUUUCCAAAAAAUAUGUAUAUACCUUCCCAUUAUUCCAGGUAAUGUAAUGUCGCUAGACCUCUCUUUGUUAAUGUUAAACCUAUAAAUAAAUCUAUAAAACUAUAAAUACGAGGGGGAUAAAAAACAGGAUGUAAUUCUUAGGUUUAAACUAUCUAGGUCCGUUUUUUUAAUAAGUUAUUGACAUAAUAUCUAAGUCCUAUUUAAUACUAUCUAAUGUCCUAAGAAGCCGUAUGGGGAAGAAAACUUGCCUAGAAUUGUCUGCGUUAUAUGGCAAUAAAACUUUCAAAUGCAUAAUACUCAAAACCAAUAGAAAAUAAUUUAUUGACUUGUGUCAUAGUCAGUUUGAUGAAAUACACUCGUUGAGGGGUUUUUCAUUUUUAAAAACAGUUUUUAAUCUGAAACAAGAAAAUCUCACGGAUUGAAAACUGGUGAAAUAUAGGGCAUGGAGAUAUUGGAUAACAACCUUCAUAUGAACACUCCUCUAUCACGUGAUAAAAAAUUAACAACAUCUCAUAUGCAUCCGAUGUGGGAUUCUCCAAUCAAGAGAAAACAUUUUGAUUUUAGUUCUAGAGUGGAUACAAGAAUAACUGCAUAAUUUAACGUUCAUUAUAAAACAUAUUUUUCUGUUUGGGUUUUUGUUUCAUCAUUCCUACAUUUGGAUACGCCUAUGAAACUCGUUUAUAAAUUUGUCGACGUAAACACGAGAUCGUAAUGUUGCGGCGUAGAUUGUACUUCGAACAACUCUACCAAUUAAAAACACUAAUAUCAAAUCUUCCAAUAAAAGCUGGUACGUCCUCUAGAAAAUAAUUAAUUAGUUUUGUGUUCCCCUCGUAUAUAUCAUGCUACAGCCAUAUCUAUAAAGACAUUUAUAAAAUGUAAAUAUGGAAUUAGGUGUUAACGUUAUUUUUUGAAAGUAUUGCUUCCACUAAAAAAUGAUAAAUUCAGUACCUAAUUUAGUUGUAAUAUAAACUUGUGUUUUUACGGUUAUAACCAUAUAGACUAAGUGAAUUUAUAGUUUAUUUCAUAUAUAUGUUAAAUUGAAUUUUAUUAUUAAUUUUUUUGUUAGAUUUAAAAAAAAAUAAUUCAGCUAAUUUGGACUCACAAAUUCACAUUGGUAACGUAAUUUUUCUCAUAAUCUUAUAGUCAAAAACGCAACUUAUCCGAUCCCAAUUUUCUAAAAAAGAAUAGAUUUGACAUUCUAAUUUUUUUUACAUAAUAUAUAUAAAUAUUUUUGUGGGAAAAAUUACCAUUUUAAUUUAAUUUGAAUGAAGUGUCCUUUUGUUUAUUUUUAAUAACUAGUAUAGGAG